CAACAAGGGCGUAGAGCGUAAGAUCGUCGUGACUUUUCAGCUCAGUUCUUCGUCUCAGGUCGUCACCAGCUCUCGACAAGAUGAAGGAGCUAAUGAUUGUGCUCCUGCUGUGUCACCCUGUGUCUGCAGUGAAACACUCUUUGAUGUUGUAUUUCAUGAUAUCUUCUGGAGUCCCAGACGUACCACACUAUAUUGUUGUGGCAGCUGUUGACAGGAUUAUCAUGAUUUAUUACGACAGCAGCAUGAAAGCACCAGAGCCCAGACAAGAGGUGCUGAUAGAAUUAAACGAAUUAGAUCCACAGCAAUGGGAAGCGUUCGUUCAGCACUGCAUGGACCAUUAUCAGCUCCUCAAACAUGAAAGUGACAGUUUUAUGCAACACUCCAACCAAACUGGAGGUGUUCACAUUGUCCAGGAGAUCACGGGCUGUGAAUGGGACGAUGAGACUGACAUAGUUGAAGGUUUCCUGCAGUACGGUUUGAAUGGAGAAGACUUCGUUGCAUUUGAUGUGAAGACGGAGACGUGGAUCUCUUCAAACCCUCAGGCUGAAACCGUUAAACAGGAACAGAACAGAAAUAAAGCCAAUAGUGAGUUAUGGAAGGACGCCCUCACAGUGGUUUUUCCUAAUGUGCUAAAGACAUAUUUGAGCCACUGGAAGAAUUUUCUGAAUAGAAAAGACGUCCCCUCAGUGUCUCUCCUCCAGAAGACUCCCUCCUCUCCAGUCAGCUGCCACGCUACAGGUUUCUACCCUGACAGAGCCAUGAUGUUCUGGAGGAAAGAUGGAGAGGAGAUUCAUGAAGGAGUGGAACAUGGAGAGAUCCUCCCCAACCAUGAUGGAUCCUUCCAGAUGAAUGUUGACCUGAACAUUUCAUCAGUCUCACCUGAAGACUGGAGGAGGUACGACUGUGUGUUUCAUCUCUCUGGUGUGGAGGACGACAUCAUCACCAAACUGGAUGAAACACAGAUCAGAACCAACAGAGGAAAAAAUAAAAAUGAUGAAGAGAAACCCUCUGAUGUGACCGUCCCCAUCACUGCUGCUGUGGUUGCUCUUGUUCUCGUCCUCGUUGCUGUCGUAGGAUUUGUUGUUUACAAAAAGAAGAAAGAUAAAUGCCCGACGUCUCCUCAGGACAACAUGACUGAACUCACUGAGGGACUGAAUCCAGACAAAGACAACACCCAGCCCACAGAGAAGUCAACAAUUCAAACCUCCACUUAAUCAAACUCAACAUUUUUCAUUACUGUGAAAAAAAAAAAAAA